CUUCAACAUGGAUUUCGUAUUCGGACUCAUGACAGCACUACCCAUUGUCACAGCAACAGGAGUAUCCGUCGUAACAGGCGUAGCACAAGGCGUAUCCGAGCAAAAAAAAGUCAACGCCGAUUCCUCCAACCAGACGCGAAUGCUCAAAUUCCAUCUCGAUACAUGGGUUGACGACGACGACGACGGAGAGGAUUCGAAAAACGGCCUGGCACCCCCCGAGUUGAGGAGUGGGAUUGUGACUAUGCGCGACUCCAAAGUCUGGGUGGAAGCCAAAAAUCCUGAAUCUGGAGAUCCUGCUCAUGUAGGACAUCAUCCUUUUACGGGAUUUUAUCUUGCAUAUCCGGAUGAUAAUCGCAGCUAUACGCGAGGGUUGGUGAGCACUAUUAGUGUGGAUCCGCCUAUGCUUAACUGGAUAUAUGUGGACAAGGACACGUAUGAAUGCAAGUUUGCGGCGCGUUCGGGGUCCAUUGCGCAUCAUGUUGGGAGCUUUGACUGGACGAGUGAAGAUAAUGAUAGCUGUGUUACUCUGGAUGAAUUCGAAGGGUUUGUCGCUGUCGAAGAGAAGCCGGGAGAAUGGGCGCUUUAUUUUGAUAAAGACGACGAUGGAUUGAAGGGGAAGAGGAAGGGUAGACGGGUGGUGGAGAUUCAUCUACAACGUAGAGUCAUUACCGGGCAGGAAGUGAAUAAGUGGGGACUCAAGGAAGAUGGAAAUAUCGGGUUCAAGACUACCAAGGAAGUCGACAAGAUUUCUAAGCCCAAGCCUGAGACGGAACAGCAGCAGCAACAACCUUUGGUCCAGCGUAAAGAAUAAAGAUGUUGAAAUUAAUGAUGCCAGCUGGACAUGUGAAGCAUCAAGAAGAAAACGGUACCUAUCCAGAAACUUCUUCUCAACCCAUAUCAGUGAAUUUACCCCAUCCGGCCGCCAUUUCCGGAAGUCUGUCAAAACGGACAGUAUAGCCCCUCCAGAAGGUCACUACAUGUUUUGUUAUCGCAUGCCGGGGCAGCAGCAGGAGGAGGACUUGACCGAUGGCGCAGAUUCCGCCAAAAAAGAAAAUCGUAAGGAAUCAAUAUCAGUACCUACUGUUGUUAUCAAUUGGAGAUUUGCGGUCGGUAUCUAGGUAGACCUAGACUGGGAAAUGGGGAGUGAUCAGGUACAUGUGUAAGGUACAUGUACAGUGUUAUAAUGGCUGGGGGGGAGGGUGCAGGAAAGGACUUUUUUCAUUUAUUUUUCAUUUCAUUUUUCCCGGCCCUAUGCGAGAUGCACGCACUAUAUGUUAUUGCUACGACGGGACAUGCUGCUUGGGAUUGUGGUGCAUCGAUUAAAUGAUGUCUAG